CCCGCUGAAACUCUACCGAGUCAAUGGCUGCAUGCAGCAGUAAAUCUCCACGAAAGUUCUCAAAAAUCGAGGCCUGUAUUUACUUUAAGAAAUUUCAGUUUUCUUCAUUUCACUUCACUGGUCCUCGUCGUUUGCAGAGUCAGAGGGCAAAUCGAGGAUGUACUAGUUGUUUGUCGAUCAAGUGCUUUGAUAACAAUUUAUUUAUUUCAGAGGCUUUAAUUACAUAGGAAUUGUGGAUAUGAAGUUCAAACAUGAAAGAUACACAAGGUUUAAGGGUAUUAGUUCGGAUCAAUCUUACAGUUCUGAUCAACAAAACCCAAGAAAAUAUGGACUAAAGCCAUAUUUGAGGUCAGUGGUAGAUAAGAUUCAAAGAGGAUUCAAUCAAGCUUCUAGAGGUGUUGGUGGAUUAAAGAAUUCGCUAAUCUUUCCUGAAUCAUCGAGUGAUAAACCAACAAAACAAGUAGUUUUAAUUUCGAAGAAGAAAAAGAAAAUCCUAGAUCCACAAGGAUCUUUUCUUCAAAAGUGGAAUAAGAUAUUUGUACUCCUUAGCAUUAUUGCGGUAUCUUUAGAUCCUCUGUUUUUCUACAUUCCUGUUAUCGAUGGUGAUCAAAAGUGCAUUGGUAUGGACAACAAUAUGAAGAUCAUUUCGUGUGUUCUUCGCACUUUGAUUGACAUAAUUUACAUUCUCCAUAUAAUCUUCAAGUUUCGCACCGGAUUUAUUGCUCCUCCUUCUAGAAUCUUUGGAAGAGGUGAAUUAAUCGAGGACUCUUAUGCUAUAGCAAAACACUACUUCUGCUCCUACUUCAUUGUAGACGUCUUGGCAAUUCUUCCCCUUCCCCAGGUGACGAUUUUGUUCAUCAUACCAAUGAGCAAUGGACCGGUUUCAUUAGUUACAAAGGAUUUGAUAAAGUUUGUGAUAUUUGCACAAUACAUCCCACGUUUGCUUCGUAUCUUUCCACUAUAUAGAGAAGUGACAAGAACUUCUGGCAUAUUUACGGAAACGCCCUGGGCCGGAGCUGCUUUUAAUCUCUUAAUCUACAUGCUAGGAAGUCAUAUAAUUGGAUCCUUCUGGUACUUAUUUGCUAUAGAAAGGGAAGAUGAUUGCUGGCGUAAUGCAUGCAAUAAAAACAACAAUUGUGAUGCCAAGUAUUUAUACUGUGAUGAAAAGCGUGAGGGGGAUUAUUCAUGGCUAAAUACUUCAUGCAUAAUGCUUCAACCCGAUCAAAUCAAAAAUUCAUCAGAUUUUGAUUUCGGUAUAUUCCUUGAUGCUUUUGAAUCUCACAUUGUGGAAACUAAAGAUUUCCCACAAAAAUUCUUGUACUGCUUUUGGUGGGGUUUGAGAAGUUUAAGCUCUCUUGGUCAAAACCUCAAGACAAGUACCUACGAAUGGGAGAUCCUAUUUGCUGUCUUGAUUUCGGUGCUUGGAUUGGUCUUGUUUUCAUUUCUCAUCGGAAACAUGCAGAAAUAUCUUCAAUCGAUCACUGUGAGAGUAGAAGAAAUGAGGGUGAAAAGAAGAGACGCGGAGUUAUGGAUGUCCCACCGCAUGCUUCCUGAUGAACUAAAAUCCCGUGUGAGGCGUUACGAGCAAUACAAAUGGCAGGAAAACAGAGGAGUCGAUGAAGAGUCGCUCAUUCACAAUCUACCAAAGGAUUUAAGAAGAGACAUAAAACGUCAUCUUUGCUUGUCCCUACUCAUGAGAGUGCCAAUGUUUGAAAUAAUGGAUGAAAGACUGUUGGAUGCAAUGUGCGACUGUUUGAAACCGGUUCUUUACACGGAAAACAGUUGCAUAGUUCGUGAGGGGGAUCCGGUGGAUGAGAUGUUGUUUGUGAUGCGAGGGGAGUUGUUGACAAUGACAACAAAUGGUGGAAGAACUGGUUUUUUUAAUUCAAGUUAUUUAAAAGCCGGUGAUUUUUGUGGAGAUGAAUUGCUGACGUGGGCUUUGGAUCCCAAUUUGUCUUCAACUCUUCCCCUUUCAACAAGAACUGUUAAACCGCUUACAGAUGUUGAAGCUUUUGCUUUGAAGGCUGAACAUCUCAGAUUUGUUGCUUCGCAAUUUAGGCGUAUGCAUAGCAGGCGCUUCCAACAUACUUUCAGGUACUACUCACAACAAUGGAGGACAUGGGGGGCUUGUUUUAUACAAGUUGCAUGGCGCAGACACUGUAGAAGGAAACAAGAAGCAGCUUUAUGGGAAGAAGAAAGAAGACUGCAAGAAGCAUUAGCAAAGGGUGGUGAAACCGCCUCCCCAAGUCUUGGAGCCGCCAUUUAUGCUUCUAGGUUUGCCGCCAAUAUUUUACGUAAUUUAAGGAGGAACCCUUCACAUGGGACAAAAUUAAUGGCACCUGUGGUUCCCACAUUGCUUCCACAAAAGCCGGUGGAGCCUUCUUUUAGUGAUGAUGAUCUUGAAUAAGCUAUACAUGUUUUCUUUUAUGUAUAGUUUUAGAAGAUUAUCUUCUUGUGGUUUAUAAACAAGUCUAGUGAGUUUCUGCAUAUAGAUUUGGAUUAAUUUGAGCAAGGUGCUUCUGUAUAAAACUAUAUAUAUAUAUAUAUAUAUAUAUAUGCAAUUUUGUUCUUCA